AUGGAGGGGAGAGAAGAAGAUGUGAAGGUGGGUGCAAAUAGGUAUAGAGAGAGGCAACCUAUAGGAACAGCUGCUCAAACCCAAGAUGUCAAGGACUAUACAGAGCCACCUCCAGCACCACUUUUUGAACCUGGAGAGUUGUCUUCAUGGUCUUUUUACAGGGCAGGCAUUGCUGAAUUUGUUGCCACUUUCUUGUUCCUUUACAUCACGGUGCUAACUGUGAUGGGCGUGGCAAAAUCCCGCACCAAGUGCUCCACAGUUGGCAUUCAGGGCAUUGCUUGGGCUUUUGGUGGGAUGAUUUUUGCUCUCGUUUAUUGCACUGCUGGCAUUUCAGGGGGUCACAUCAACCCAGCAGUGACUUUCGGGCUGCUGUUGGCGAGGAAGUUGUCCUUGACAAGGGCAGUGUUUUACAUGAUAAUGCAGUGUCUUGGGGCAAUAUGUGGUGCUGGUGUUGUAAAAGCUUUUCAAAAGAGCCAGUACGAGUUACUUGGUGGUGGUGCAAACAGUGUCAACACAGGAUACAGUAAGAGCAGCGGACUUGGAGCUGAGAUUGUUGGCACCUUUGUACUUGUCUACACUGUCUUCUCUGCUACUGAUGCCAAGCGUAAUGCCAGAGACUCCCAUGUUCCUAUCCUGGCACCACUGCCUAUUGGAUUUGCAGUGUUCUUGGUGCACUUGGCAACCAUUCCUAUUACAGGCACAGGUAUUAACCCAGCCAGAAGUCUUGGUGCAGCUCUCAUCUACAACAAGGACCAAGCUUGGGAUGAUCAUUGGAUAUUCUGGGUAGGACCAUUCAUCGGAGCAGCACUGGCAGCGUUGUACCACCAGAUAGUGAUCAGGGCCAUCCCUUUCAAAUCCAAAUGA